AUGGAUAAAGCUAGAGAGAGAGAGAAUGGAUCCAUCGUCCAGCUUCCUCGUGCUAAUCCUCUUCACGUUAUCUGCAAUAUCAGCAGAAGCGAUAUUGCGAUCAUCCCCGUGUACUUCCCCCCAGGAGCUGCACACCAAUCUUCUCUACAGAAGCCAAAGAUACCAUUCAAGGCCCAUUACUUCCCUCAGCUUCUAGACCACUUCACCUUCCAGCCUCAGAGUUCCAAAAUCUUCUACCAGAAGUACCUCAUCAAUGAUCGAUUCUGGCGCAGAGGACGCCCCAUCUUCGUCUACACCGGCAAUGAAGGCGACAUUGAGUGGUUCGCCGCCAAUACCGGCUUCAUGCUCGACAUUGCCCCCAAAUUCCAGGCUCUCCUUGUUUUCAUUGAACAUAGGUUUUAUGGGGAAUCAAUGCCGUUUGGGAAGGAUUCCUAUAAGUCGGCAAAGACGCUGGGGUACUUGACUUCGCAGCAAGCUUUGGCCGAUUUUGCAGUUCUGCUCAGGAGUUUGAAGCGGAAUUUGUCCACUGAGGCUUCCCCUGUGGUGGUCUUUGGCGGUUCUUAUGGAGGAAUGCUGGCUGCUUGGUUUAGAUUGAAAUACCCACACAUUGCAAUUGGAGCUUUGGCAUCGUCAGCCCCAAUCUUGCAGUUUGACGACAUAACUCCAUGGUCUAGCUUCUAUGAUGCUGUUUCGAAGGAUUAUCGGGAGCUGGCAAGAACUGAAAGCUCUAUCGGCUCAAAAAGAAGGGUUGGCAGAACUAAGCAGAACUUUCAGAACUUGCAAGGACCUCCAAUCGGUGGACUCUGUGCAAGACUGGUUAUGGCUGCUUUUGUUUACACAGCCAUGGUGAAUUACCCAACUGAAGCCAAUUUUAUGAUGCCAUUACCUGCUUAUCCAGUGAAAGCGAUGUGCAAGAUCAUUGAUGGCUUCUCACCUAGAGCUUCGAAGCUUAGUAGGGCUUUUGCCGCUGCAAGCUUGUACUACAACUACUCAAAGACAGAAAAAUGUUUCAAUAUUGAACAUGGUACUGAUUCUCAUGGCCUCCAUGGGUGGGAUUGGCAGGAAAAGCUGCACAAACUGGAGAAAUUAGGCUUGGUGGAACAGGCAUGUACAGAGAUGGUAAUGCCAAUGACUUGUUCAAAUGGGAGUAUGUUUCCUCCAUCUUCCUUUGACUACAAGGAGUUUGCAGAGAAUUGCAGGAAGAAAUAUGGGGUUGCACCUCGACCACACUGGAUUACUACAGAAUUUGGUGGCAGU